AUGCGCAUGUGGGGCAUUCCUCUCAAGUGCCAUCAGUGCAACGCAAAAAUGCACCACUCGGGGAUUUACACCAAAUGGUUCGAGUCAGUUCAUGCCAAUGAAAUAGUGGGUCAUCUCAAUGAGAUGAAAGGUGUCAUUACUUCAACAUAUGGCAGAAUCUUGAAGCUCGACUCCACUAAAAAGAUCACUAAGAAACUGGCUGGCAACAUUUCAGACACAGCUACCUGGAUGACCAAUGUCAGCAAUGAAUGUGGUCAGAUACUCAACUGUGUGCUGACUACUGCAGAAGGAGCUGGCCUGGAUGAAAUGUGCCAAGGGAUUGUUCAGCGCUACAGGGAUGCUGGGGAGCCAGAACCAGAGGUCAUUUACGUUGAUCGAGACUGUUGCAGUGAGAGAGGUGAACCACCGGUCCUUGUUUUGUUUCGGCCAUGGAGCACAAAGGUCAGGCUGGACAUCUUCCAUUUCAUGCGGAGAUUUACAUCUGGUCUCACCACGGAGCACCAUCCGCUUUAUGGGACCUUCUGCUCAAAGCUGUCCAGCUGUAUUUUUGAGUGGGACAAGGAUGACAUCAGUCGCCUGAAGGAUGCCAAGCGCAUCAGCUCCAAGGAACUUGCAAGGCACUGCAGGAGGAGAACUCGAGGGGUGGAGGAAACAAGAAUCUCAAUUCAGGGCUUGUUGUCAUCCAUGUGGGAACUGACGGACACAUCGGGUUUGCGGUUAAUUAACCCGGACAGCAUGACACAUGUGUGGGAGGUGCAACAGAAGCACUUGCCAUGCAUCCAAGAUCCUCCCGGCAUUGAGCUUUAUACCAAACUUGGCUCAGGUGUGCAGAAGGGAGACAAGGUUUUGGAUGUGCUGAGAUGUGGCAGGGGGUCCUCUUCUGUUGAAAGUUUUCAUCGCCACCAGUGUACCUUCAUUCCAGGAUGGAGAUCCAAUGCGAUGCACACACAAAUGUACAUGCUUGAGGGGGGGUCCCGAUGGAACAUCAACCGUGCUCGGGAAGCUGUGCAUCUAAGAAGUGCAUCGCACUCCAGACUCUAUGAUGUCCGCCUCAUGUGCAACCUCAGUUCCCUCAGUAAUCGAGUUCUUGGCCAGUCACUCAUUCCAGAGUUUAUUCCACCCGGGAGACCGACUGAUGAGCACAUCGCUGUGGAGUAUCUGCUGGCUCAGUCUGGCAGAGGAGACAUGCUGCAACCGCAACCCCACAAGGAACUGGACAUCACACUGCCAGACAUGCAGGAUGAAGUUGAGGAGGACGACUAUCCUGAUGCCACCAUGAGUGACCCAUCUGACAUUCUGGCUGAAAACCAACCUGUAGCCCUCAUGAGAGAAGAUCACCCAGACGUGUCAUCUCCUCAGACUCCAGUUGUUGAUUUUGGACCCUCCACAUCACCUCAGUCUCUCACAGUCCCCUCCGGUCCUGACAGUCCUGGCAACGACGCCACAAGUGGACCUUGCACAUCACAGCAGGAUAGCAGAUGUGAUGCAAGGGGCUUUCCAGGGUGGGAGGAUGUUGACAACUUGGCGGAGUUUCUUGUCAGCCUCAACCGCACAAUCACAGCCUUAUCAGCUGGAGAAGUAAAUGAGAUUGUGCGAUUGUAUUUCCUUCUGCAUCCCAUGGACAAAUCUCCCACCAAAUACACCCUGAAAAGUAAAAGAAGACCCUUCCAGGGCCGUGGAGAGCUUCCAGGAAGCGCAGUGGCUCUGCUCCAGGUCAACAAGCAGCUGAGAGCAACAGCACCAUCAUCAUCCAACCAGUCAGCAGACUCUUCAAAUCGCCAUAGAAAAUGGAGGCUGAAGAAGGCUGCACUUGAGGAUGAGGAGCGCGCAGCAAGAGGAGAGCCACUCAAGAAACGGCACAUCAAAGACAGCUACCACUAUCAAUGUGGAACGUGUGGUCAGCCCAAAAACAAGAGCACUGGUCACACACAAGUCAAGGGGAAGUGGUUCUGUCCUGCAUCUGGUCAGACUGUUACAGAGUGGAAGCAGACUCUUGAGCAGUAA